CGCUCCUUGCUUCUCAACCACAUCAACCAGCGCAACGCACCGCAGCGCACCGCCGUCGCGCCUCGCUCCGCUGCAUUUGCGCUGGACAUCUGCUGCGCCUGACCGGUCUGCCGUCUGCGCCUCGCUGCGCCCGCCCGCGUGCCCUGCCCGCUCUGCCGCACGGCGCAUCCCACACACGCAUCCCGCCGCCAUGUCGCUCGCGCCCACGCCCGACGCCGCCGCACAGGCGCAGGCGCAGGCCGUCGCCAUGGUGCAGCGCCGCCGCGCGCAGAACCGCAUGGCGCAGCGCCGCUACCGCGAGAAGAUGCGCGCCGCCGCCUCGGGCAGCGCUGCCGCACCUGCCGCCGCCAGCUCCAGCAGCAGCGGCACCUCCUCGGCCGCGGCAGCUCCGGCGCAGGACGCGCCCGUUCUGACGCAGCCCUCGCUUCUUGGCGCCCUCGCAGCGGCCGACGCGCCCGAGACGCAGACGCAGGCCGCUGGCGUGGCGGGCCUCGCGGCCGCUCCGCUUGUGCCGAGCGCAGCGGCCUUCUCCGCACUGCCGCCGCCCCCGAGACCGCUGGAGCAGCACGCCUCGCUCUUCCUUGCCACGCAAGAGGCACGUCAGGCGGCGCCUGUCGCACUGCGCCAGGAUGAGGCUUCGUCGUCGUAUGGCACACAUGCUGCGCGCGACGUCUCAGACGCCGCCUUCCACUCUGCCGGCGCGCCUGACCUCGACUGGCUGAUGCACGACCACUCGCCGCUGGCCGCGGCGGCCAGCAGCCUCGCUGGUCUCUUUCCUCCGGCGCCCGCGCCAUCAGUGCACGCAGGCGCCGCCAGCGCAACCGCACCUGCGCUGCAGUCGCCGACGUCUCUGCUUGAGCUGCACAGCGCCCAGCUCUACGGACCUGUCCCUCCUGCCACGGCCAGCGCCAGCACCUCGUCGAGCGCCGCUGCGGCGGCUGUCUCGCCGUCGUCCGACUGGGCCCGCAUCCUCUCCUCGUACGUGGCCACGCCCUCGCCGACGCCGUCCGGCACAUCCGAGCUGCCGGACAGCACGGCGCUGAGCAGCUGGCUGGCGGCGUCGCCGCGUCUACUCUCUCCCUCGCCCGCAUCGCGGCCGAGCGGCAGCAGUCUCGACUCAUCGCCCACCUCGGUGGCGUCCGCGAGUGACGUCGGCAGCGCCGCCUCUGCCAAGGCGCAGGACGAGUGCCGGGAGGUCUCUGUCGCUGGAUCGGCACACUUCUGGAGCUGGACCUCGGCAUUGCGCUCGUAUCCCAUCGAGCGCGAUGAGCAGAAGCGCCGCCUAGCCGAGCAGCGUGCCCUGCUCGGCCUUCUCGUCGACGGCGACCCUAUGGGCGACUCUUUGAUUCUGCCGCGCCAGGACUUCCGCAGAGCGAUCGUGCUCAACUCACUCGCGCUUGGCUUCGACGAGCGCGACUUCCACAACUGGACGACGCCUUCACGCAUUGGCAAGCUGUGGUACGGCUCGGCGCCAGACGGGAGCAUGAUCAGCGAGGUGGUCACCAGCCCGACUGAGCGGAACGAGGGCGCCCAGCAGCCGGCCGGACGUCUGAGUCUGCUGCCUGGUGACGCUCAGCUCAAGCUGUCGCCCAUCGCCAUCGAGGACGAGCCCGUGGAGGAUGAGGCGCGGCGGCGUGAGAGACGAGAGGGCGUCCCGCGCAACAUGUGGCCCACCAAGCUGCAGCUGAGCGUGCCGCACCCGACGAUCAUCGACGCGCUGCCGUGGCCCGCGGUGCGCGAUCGUCUCAUUGCCGCAUCGUCGAGCGGCAUGAUCUGCAUCAAGACGGCCAAGAGCGACGCCGUCAAGGGCGGCGCGUGCGAGGGCUGGCACAACACGGCGUUCUGCGUGCACGGCGCUGAGCCGGAGGACAACUUCGACGAGGCGUGCUGGGAGGUGGCUGAAGACUACGCCAUGAAGUACUGGUUCUUGUUUGACGAGGCCACGAUGAGGACCACCAACCGCUGGCGGCGCGCACGAGGCGUCGCGCCGAUCCGUCUGCCCGGCACGGGCGCGGGAGCUUGACGCCGCCGCCGGCCGCGCACCGCCCAGGCAGACCCGCUCCGCUCGAUCCCAAUUUUAUGUCACCAAGCCCCUCGCUGUAUCAUAUCCGCCCUCGCCACCACUCAAGCGCGUCUCUGUGUAGCUGUGCAU